AUGGAGCCUAUGGAUCCAUGGUACAAAGGAUUCAGAGGACACAUUGAGAAACCAUCAGCAAAAGAAGGCGGGGUUAGUUACACUAUCUGUGGAGUUAUAGAGGAAGUCAAUGAAACUACACUCAGGAUUACAGAGCUACCAAUCCGCAAGUGGACUCAAGAUUACAAGGAAUUUCUGGAAUCAAUCAUGACCGGGAAUGAUAAGAUAAAGGAUCCAUUUAUCAAGGACUAUAGGGAGCAUAAUGAUGAAAAUACUGUACAUUUCGAAGUUAUAUUGUUUGAGGAGAACUUGAUCUUGGCCAAGCAAGAGGGGUUGCUGAAGAAAUUCAAGCUAACCACUACUAUAAGCACAAGUAAUAUGCACCUCUUCGACUCAGAAGGUGUAAUAAAGAAAUUUGACACGCCUGAACAAAUUCUUGACGAAUUCUUUCAUAUAAGGCUGGAGUUUUAUGAGGAAAGAAAGAAAGUUCUGCAGGACAAUCUCGAAAUGGAGCUGUUGAAACUUGACAACAAGGUUAGGUUUAUUCUGGGGGUUUUGGAAGGCAAGAUCAUUGUGAGCGACAGGAAGAGAGCAGAUUUGUUUGUUGAAUUGAAGGAAAAAGGUUUCACUCCUUUCCCCCAAAAAACCAAAACUGUGCAAGGUGUGGUUGCUGGGGCAACUGAUGAUGUAGAAGAACUUAAGGAGAAUUCUGAGACAGUAACCAGCAAAGGUGUACACGCGAGUGAUUAUGAGUACUUGUUGUCAAUGGCAAUUGGGACCUUGACACUUGAGAAGGUUCAGGAGCUAUGUGCUGAUAGAGAUAAGCUCAACGAAGAGGUUGAUGAUUUGAAAAAGGCAACUCCAAAAUCUAUGUGGACGAAAGAUCUUGAUGCUCUUGAAAGAGAGCUUGAUGUAUGA